AAUACACUAUCAAAACAGUGCGUUUCGUUCACUGUUCCGAGUCACACGCCCGCUUGGCAGGCGCUCCACACAUAUUAUUAUUGUUUAAUAAAUAAAGCCGUGAUAAAACUCGCUACGGAUUCUAUAGCGUUUUACUGCCGUGUCUUAUAACGUUCUUGUAUUAUUAAUAUAUGAUUCGGGAUAGUAAUAUUGCGGAGAAUUAUUUUUGUAAUGUGGACGUGACGUGUAUAUCGCGGAGUCAGCGUCUCAUUGGAUUGUCUGAGAUUCGUCUGGACUAAACCUACGUAUUUCUAUGAUGAAGACGCAGUGCUCUGGCGGUGCACAGAAUGCCGAUCGCGCCGCGCGGCCCUCCGCCCUCGACGCCACCCUACCACCUGCUUCUCCGUAGGAGACCUAGCUUAACCCUCAAGUGUCCUUCGAUAAUAUAACGUCUAACUUUUUGUACGCCUCUUUUAUACCGACCUAUAAGUAUAAGUACGCACAGUGUGUUAAGUGUCGCGCGCAAGUGUGAGUGUAUAUGUGUGUCGAUGGUGCGGCCGACAUGGGAAAGUCCUCGGCGAGAACACAUGGCCAAGAGAAUGAACGGAGAAUCAAAGCGAACAACAGGGAAUACAACGCGCAGUUCCGCUACGCCAGCAACUUCAUCAAAACAUCGAAGUAUACGAUCGUAACGUUCCUGCCGCUGAACUUGCUGGAGCAGUUCCAGCGGCUGGCGAACUUCUACUUCUUGUGCCUGCUGGUGCUGCAGCUGAUCCCCGCCAUCUCGUCGCUGACGCCCAUCACCACUGCGAUACCGCUCAUUGGUGUGCUAGCACUCACUGCCGUUAAGGACGCGUACGACGACUUUCAACGUCAUCAGAACGAUUCACAAGUGAACCACCGUCGUGCGAAGACACUUCGCAAUGGCAAGCUUGUGGAGGAGAAGUGGGCGUCUGUUCAGGUGGGAGACGUCAUCAGGCUGGAGAACGACCAGUUCGUCGCGGCGGACAUCUUGCUCCUCAGCAGCUCGGAACCCAACGGCCUCUGUUACAUAGAGACCGCCGAGUUGGAUGGGGAGACCAAUUUAAAAUGUCGUCAGUGCCUUUUAGAGACGGCUGCGAUGGGGCAGGACGACGCACAACUGGGUGCUUUCGACGGCGAGAUUGUCUGCGAAACUCCCAACAAUCUACUUAAUAAGUUUGAUGGUACGUUAAGCUGGCGCAACCUCCACUUCUCCCUCGACAACGAUAAGAUCCUGCUGCGCGGCUGCGUGCUCCGGAACACGUCGUGGUGUUACGGCGUCGUCGUGUUCGCCGGGAAGGACACCAAGCUCAUGCAGAACUCCGGCAAGACCAAAUUCAAACGCACCAGCAUAGAUAGGCUACUUAAUUUUCUUAUUAUAGGGAUAGUAUUCUUCCUGCUGUCGAUGUGCGUGUUCUGCACGGUGGCGUGCGGCGUGUGGGAGUGGCUGGUGGGGCGCUACUUCCAGGUGUACCUGCCGUGGGACACGCUGGUCCCGGCCGAGCCCACGUGGGGCGCGCUCGUCAUCGCGCUCCUAGUCUUCUUCUCCUACGCUAUCGUCAUGAACACUGUCGUGCCUAUAUCGCUAUACGUGUCUGUGGAGGUAAUAAGGUUCGCCCAGAGUUUCCUCAUAAACUGGGACGAGAAAAUGUAUUAUGAAAAGACUGGUACAGCGGCGAAGGCACGGACCACAACGUUGAAUGAGGAAUUAGGCCAGAUCCAGUACAUAUUUUCAGAUAAAACUGGCACACUCACACAGAACAUAAUGACCUUCAACAAGUGUUCGAUAGCAGGCGUCUGCUACGGAGACGUCGUCGACGAAACCACCGGUGAAACCAUAGACCUCACCGAGGUACGUCAACGGGGGCGCGGCGCAGGCGCGUGCGGGGGCGCGGGCGCGGGCGGGGGCGCGGCGCGCGCGCGUCUGCUGGAGCUGGAGCACGACGCGGGCCGCAGCACGCCCGGCGGCCGCCGCCCGCGCAGCUCUGAUCCGUUGGACUUCUCGUUCAACCCGGAGUACGAGCCCGAGUUCAAGUUCUUCGACGCGACGCUACUGGACGCGGUGAAGCGCGGCAACAAGAACGUGCACGAUUUCUUUCGGUUGCUCGCGCUUUGUCACACCGUCAUGCCGGACCAGAAGAAUGGACGGCUGGAAUACCAGGCGCAAUCGCCAGACGAGUCUGCACUGGUAUCAGCAGCUAGAAAUUUUGGUUUCGUGUUCAAAGAACGCUCGCCUAAUAGUAUUACAAUAGAAGUAAUGGGUAAAACAGAGGUGUAUGAAUUGUUAUGUAUAUUAGAUUUUAAUAAUGUUAGGAAAAGAAUGUCCGUGAUAUUGAGGAAGGAUGGUGAAAUUAGGUUAUAUACAAAAGGUGCUGAUAAUGUAAUAUACGACAGAUUAAAAAGUGGUAACCAAACUGAUGUGAGGUCAAAGACACAGGAACAUUUAAAUAAGUUCGCGGGCGAGGGCCUGCGCACGCUGGCGCUGGCGUGGCGGCCGCUGGAGGAGCGCGGCUUCGCGGAGUGGAAGCGGCGCCACCACGCCGCCGCGCUCGCGCUGCACGACCGCGACGAGCAGCUCGACGCCAUCUACGAGGAGAUCGAGACCGACCUGCUGCUCAUGGGAGUAACAGCAAUAGAAGACAAAUUACAAGACGGCGUACCAGAAACAAUAGCGAAUCUCAGUAUGGCCGGCAUCAAAGUGUGGGUGUUAACGGGAGACAAGCAAGAAACUGCGAUAAACAUCGGCUACUCGUGCCAACUGUUGACGGAUGACAUGGCGGAGGUGUUCGUGAUCGACGCCGCGUCCUACGACGACGUGGACCGCCAGCUCGCUAAGUGCAGGGACUCGAUACGGGUCGUCAACACAUUCUUGCCUCACGGUCCCAGCGAGACGGCGGCGGAGCGCGGGGGCGUGGGGGGCGCAGGCGCGGCCAACGGCGGCGCGGGCGUGUCGCGCGCGUCGCCCGGCCGCGCCAACGUCAAGCUCAACGCGCCCGCCGUGUCCGUCGUUACCUUUAGGUGGGAACAUAACACACACACAGCACACAGCGAGCCAGACUGUUACAGCAACGAGUACGUGUCGGGCGGCGGGCCUUACUCGGCGGACUCGCACGAGCACAACAACGACGACUCCAACGGGUUCGCCAUCGUCAUCAACGGACACUCACUCGUGCACUGUCUGCACCCUAAGUUAGAAGAAAAAUUUUUAGAUGUAGUGAUACAAUGUCGGUCGGUAAUCUGUUGCCGCGUGACGCCGCUGCAGAAGGCGAUGGUGGUCGAGCUCAUCAAGAAGAGCCGCAAGGCCGUCACGCUGGCCAUCGGGGACGGCGCCAACGAUGUGUCAAUGAUUAAAGCGGCCCACAUAGGGGUGGGUAUAUCAGGCCAGGAGGGCAUGCAGGCCGUGCUAGCGUCCGACUACUCGAUAGCGCAGUUCCGCUUCCUCCAGCGGCUGCUGCUGGUCCACGGGCGCUGGUCCUACUACAGGAUGUGCAAGUUCCUCCGAUACUUCUUCUACAAGAACUUCGCAUUCACCGUCUGUCACUUCUGGUUCGCGUUCUUCUGUGGAUUUAGUGCGCAGACGGUGUUCGACGAGAUGUUCAUCUCGGUGUACAACCUGUUCUACACGUCGCUGCCGGUGCUGGCGCUGGGCGUGUUCGAGCAGGACGUGGCCGACACCACGUCGCUGCAGUUCCCCAAGCUGUACGCGCCCGGACACACCAGCCAGCUGUUCAACAAGACCGAGUUCAUCAAGUCCACGCUGCACGGCUGCUUCACCUCGCUCGUGCUCUUCCUAAUACCGUAUGGUACUUAUAAGGACGGCCUGGCGCCCGAUGGAAAGAUAUUAUCAGAUCACAUGUUACUAGGAAGUGUAGUAGCUACGAUAUUAAUUAUAGACAAUACAACACAAAUAGCCUUAGAUACGACGUACUGGACGGCGUUCAACCAUAUCACGAUAUGGGGCUCGCUGGUGUCGUACUUCGUGCUGGACUACUUCUACAACUACGCGAUCGGCGGGCCCUACGUGGGGUCCCUCACGGUCGCGCUCACGCAGGCGACCUUCUGGUUCACGGCCGUGCUCACGAUGAUCAUCCUGAUGGUGCCGGUGGUGUCGUGGCGGCUGGCGUGGUCGUGGACGCGGCCCACGCUGGGCGAGCGGCUGCGCGCGCGGCAGCGCUGGCGGGCGGCGGCGCCGGCCCCGCGCACUCCGUCCGCCCGGCGCGCGCGCCGCUCGGUCCGCUCGGGCUACGCGUUCGCGCACCAGGAGGGCUUCGGGCGGCUCAUCACGUCCGGCAAGAUCAUGCGGCGCAUCCCGCACGCGGACGCGGCGCUGUCGGCGCUGGCGUCGCUGCCGGGCAAGUUCCACGCGCGCCCGCCGUCGCCGGCCGAGCCGCGCGCGCCCACGCAGAACCUCGCCACCGUCGACUUAUGAGGCGCGCCCCGCCUCGCCCGCGCACUGUGAUAACGUCGCUAGAGUUAAACUUCGUAUUGUCCUACUAUUGCCUAUAUUGAAUUAUAUUUGUUGAUCGAGAUUAUAUAUUGAUAGAUAUUUAUCGCGGCCCGCGGAGGGUCGCCGUCGAGUGCCGGCGGCGCUCGUGCGACUCCGUUGUUUUUUACUCGUGUCGUUUCGUUCGUUGAGUUUGUCGGUCGGUGUCCGGUCCGACCGGGCCCGGAGCAAUGUGCAUUUAGUCGAGCCGUCGAUAUCCCCGGCAGUGAAAACGCGACAUGACUUUAAACAUUAUUAUUUCGCAAAAAGUUAUGUUAGUGCCAAAGGAAAUUAUUGAAAACAAACAUCAACUGUUGAUCCUUAUGAAUAUAUCAGUAUCGUUUAUUUAUACAUUCGUAAACAGUUUAUUAUAAUUAUGUUUUACCAUUCAUUAAGAGUCCUAAGGCUGCGUUGCCGAUAAUAUUGUGAAACUAACAAUAAAUGAAAGUUAUACUCUUAGGGCUUAAAUAAUAAUGAUUAUGUAUAGAAUAUUGGUUUAAUGAAAAAGUUAUGUAUGUACCUACGUAAUGUAUGUAAAUCAUUAAAAGAUUAUAAAACAUGUAGCGUUUUAACUGCAUGUGUAUAUUAUGAUCAACAUUUGCUUUGGAAUCAGUUUUUUAAUAAAAAAAAUAUAAUUCUUAA